GAAGCUCCUGGCUCGACCAAUCACACGCUGGAAUGCCUGCGAGCUGCGCAAGAACUGGUUAAUGCCCCGGUUUGAAAGGCGAAUCCCGUGCAGAAGUGAAGACUGCGCAGCUGAGCGGCGGCUGAGCCUGACUCUGUGUGAGUGACAUUUAUACAGCGCGGGAGAGAUGGGCAGCGCACUGAACUCGCAGUAGGGGGAAACCACACGUGAACCUCUUCUCCAACACCCCCCUCUGCUGUGAUUUUAACCUCUCCCUGAUUAAUGGUGAAUAAUGAAGGAAGGGCGGCUGUGAGCGCGUUUAUCCGGUAGAAGGGACCGAGCAGCAGUUGUCACCCUCCAGCUGUCCCAUUUCGUCUCUCCCUGAGCCCUUGCCUGUCCCUUGCAAGCCGGGGACCCAUUGUAAGAGCAGAGCCCCCCUCUCCAUGGCUCAGGCGGAGGUACAGUGUGAUUUUGGCUUUCACUAAUAGCUGACUACUCUUACACCUACACUGGGGUGCUGACAUUUUGUGACCCUUCUUCUACAAAUAGAAUCUGUCACAGGCAGAGGCUUUUGGGGGCUGCUGGGAAUUGAAGUUUAGUAGCAGCUAAAAGAAAUGCAGAUGCUUGUGAAAACAGUUCCUAACCACCUGGCCUUUCCAUCUAAGACUUCAAGAUUAAUGCUUCACAAAUGGUUGGUAGCCCAGUCUAGCUGUACGUUGAACUGAUCUCUUGACUUUCCUCUACAUGGCCGUUCUACUGGUUUCCGCUCUACUUCUACUGACUCCAAGUCAGGUGGCUCCAGAUGAUAAUCAUCUGCUGAAGAAUGCUUCAGAUCUGGAGGUUCUCAAGUUUGAAGUAGGAGUAUUCGGCAAUACAAGUGAGAAGUAUUCAACGCAAGUCCAGCCGCCUGGUACAAGCCGUCAUAUACCUCAAACGAUAAUUGUAGGAGUCCGCAAGGGUGGCACCAGAGCACUGCUGGAGAUGCUGGACAUCCAUCCUAAUAUUGUGGUAGCGGCGACAGAAGUACAUUUUUUUGACUGGGACGAGAAUUAUGUUAAAGGGAUAGAAUGGUACAGAGAUCUGAUGCCGUUCUCCUAUGAAAAUCAAAUUACCAUUGAGAAGACACCCGGUUACUUCACCUCUCUACGUGCACCUGAACGGAUUCAUGAUAUGAAUAGUUCGGUUAAACUGCUUAUAAUCUUGAGAGACCCCACUGAGAGGGUUAUAUCCGAUUAUACCCAAGUAUACUAUAACAGACUAGAAAACCAUAAAUCUGUGCAACGUUUUGAGGACAUUGUUAUUAAAAAUGGUGCACUCAAUACCAAAUAUAAAGCCAUCCAAAGGAGCAUGUAUGAUGUGCACAUGGAAAGAUGGCUGAAAUAUUUCAAUCUGAAUCAGAUUCAUAUUGUGGAUGGCAACACCUUGAUCAAACAACCACUGAAGGAAUUGCAGAAGGUCGAGAGGUUUCUAAAUCUUCCGCCCAAAAUCGUGUCUUCAAACUUCUACUUCAAUCAGACCAAGGGGUUUUACUGUAUCAGAAGUGACGGUAGAGAAAGAUGUCUGCAUGAGUCCAAGGGUCGCCCUCAUCCUGUAGUGAACAGAACUGUCCUAGAGCAACUUUAUUCUUACUUCAGAGAACAUAAUAGAAAUUUUUAUAAAAUGGUUAAUCAGUCUUUUGACUGGCACUAGCCGCAACUGUGACUUCGAGUAAGCUGUGAGGAACAUCUACAAGAUGCUUAUACGACUAUUUUGCAAAUACUUGAAGAAAUGCACUUAUUAGUCUACACAAUUUUAUGAAGUUAUUUCUUAAGUUAUAAGGCCAUUAAGUGGAAAAUCAAAUUUGUUAUGAUUUGCACAAGUUGAAGCUAUUUGUAAAAAAAUUAAAAAAAAAAAAUGAAAGGAAAAGAUGCCACAAAAUAAGUUAAGAUUCAGCAAAUAUUUAUCCUCUCAUGCCACCAGUUUUGUAGAUGUGCUCAGUUGACCAUAUUCCCAUCA